UGUUGAAGGACAGACAAACGGGGGGAAAUCAGAUGGAAUACGUUCUCAACAAAGAAAGUACAAAACUGCAGCCCUGCUUGGUCUGCUUCAUCUACGCCGCCAAGACCGAUCCAUAAUAAUAAUAAUAAUCCCCAGCUGGAGAACAAACGACAUCUGGGCGUGGAGAGACGGGAGUGGGCUUAAGCCUCAGCAGGGUGGACGGCAGAUGGUGUCACUGCAGCAACACUUCUCCAGCAUGGAGGAGACCGUGCGCACGUUACUACAGAACCAGGACUCUUUGGAAGGGCCCAAGGUGGACCCACUGGACCUCAUGAAAGCCUACAAGGACAAACUCUUGGAGGAAAUGUGGAAGCAGCAGGACAGUCUGGAGGGUCCCACAGGCACGGCAGCGGAGACACCCGCCGCGCCCGAGGCCGGCCAAGGGUCAGAGGAAACCGCAAAGGACAGCAAUCCUCUGCUACAGCAACUCCGAGCCCUGGAGGCUGAGAACUCUGCUCUGUCAAUGGAAAACGACAAUCAGAGGAAGCAGUACGAACGCUGUCUGGACGAGGUGGCGAACCAGGUGGUCCAGGCCCUCCUCACACAGAAGGACUUGAAAGAGGAGUGUGUGAAGCUGCGGACCCGCGUGUUUGACUUGGAGCAGCAAAACCGCAUACUGAGCGUGCUGUUUCAACAGCGUGUCAAAACGUCCACGAGUCCUGUCUCCCAGGAGGUGCAAAGGAACGGAAAGGCAUGUGUUGCUGCGGGGAGGUGGCCCAGCCUGCUGAGUCUAACGUGCCCACGAAGCAGCGGUAGUGGCAGUGGCAGUGAACUGUCUCUAUCCAGUGCUUGUAGCGAGCACUCCAGCGGCUCCCACACCUGGGCAGAGGGACGUGGAUUCUCCAAGCAGUGUGCUGCGAGCCGGGACAAAAGGAUGAGCACGGGCUCAGUAUCCAGCAACCGCUCGGCACCCAUCGAGCAGGCAGACCUGGGAUGGAAGGAAGGCCACAUUCUGAAAGGUCUGAAGCGCCUCCAAAUGUGCGGCUCCAAAGAGGCAUCCUCAAACGCGUCGGUGCCUCACUGUAAAGACUGUAUGACUUCCAAUGAGGGAAUAUACUCGUUUGGUCUCAAGUGUGGCCAACAAGGGAAUACAAACAAGCAAUUAGCCCCUACAAGUAAAUCUUUGAAGGCGGGAGCAGUGAUCACUGCCGUAGACUCAUAUGACGGCAAUAACCAAUCAACAAAAUCACAAAGCAGCGAAUCCAGUGACCAACCAACAAAAGAGCUUGUUUGCUUGCAGAAACUGGAUGUCACAAGGGAUGAUGACAACAAUUUUCAAGAAGAUCCUGUAAAACUUGCAGGGAAUUCUGGUCUUUUUCCCUCACCUGUCACAGACAACUUCUUAUUUUUAGAGGGCCCCUCAGUAAAACCUGGUGUGAGCCCAACAGACAGCCUUACGCAUUUGGAGGAAAAAAACAAGACCACCAGCAUGAAGUUAAGCGACAGAAACAAUAACCAGGAAAGGUCAACUGACCGUAAAUCCAGACUUGAUCAUGUCAAACGACAACAGGGCAGACUUGAGGUCGAAGCAGAUACAAAUGACGUGAGCUCCUUUAUUCAGCACUCUGCCACAAGCGCCCUGAGCUACGUGAGUGUAGCAAGACAGCGCAGCUCCUCGAUGGAGGUCCGUCACUGCAGAGACCAGGCGAGUCAAGCUGGCAGUGAAAGCCGGGACUCCACCGUGGCAGAAUCUCCACAGAGGAAACCGAAACCUCAACUUUGCGACUCAGCAAGAAAGGCUUUCAUUCUGCGGAGUAAAAGUGCAGAUGGAGGGAAAGAACAAUCUAAGCAAACACAUUCUCCGCUCCAUCAAAAACUUAUUAAGGGCCACAGGUCCAAAGGACAGUCAAACCCUCCUGGCCAAAGUGUUCCAAGCAAAAGCACAAAUCUCAGUAAAACGCAUUGUUCACACAAGGGUUCAUUAUCUAAAGUUGAGAAAGAUGAGAACCCUUUGGUGUCAUCAAGUUCCAAGUCUCUUAAGAGUGUGCGCUCUCCCCUAGCUUCCCCUGUGAAACAUUCAAAGACAUUUAAGCCACCAGCGAUCAAUGAAUGCUCAAAGAGCCCAACAAAAUCAUCUCUGCAAUCAAGCAAUGAGUCUGUGGAAGAGAGCCUCUAUGACAACUUACCCUGCUCGCCACGAAAACAACGCCGCCAAGACCAGCACUGUGAUGUUUCCCACUCGGAAGGUCGGUCCCCGUCCCCACCGCGGCCCCCAGGUAGAACUACUUCUCUGGUCCUUCGGCCCAGUUGCGACAGCUUGCCCAGGGCCCAUACAUCUGCAGGUCAGACGCAAAGCUCUAUCACUGGGAAGACAACAUCGAGCACCACCAGGCAACAAUCAUAUAUUCCCUCUAUUUUACAGCCACAACAAUCCAACUCACCAAAUGAUAAUCAACAUUCAGCCCCACAACUGGCAGCUGAUGGUAUGAAAGAAAUCCCAGCCAAGCUCUACCAUACCCAUUCAUCCAAGAUGCCAUCCGUCUCUCUUCAAGAGUCUUUGGAGUCAGUCCAGCUGUCGAUGGACAGAUCCGCCACCGGUCUUGAUGAACACGGUGCUUCUUCUAUAUUUCCAAGUCAGAGCAUCUUACAGCGAUCCAAACAGAGCAUUAGUGAGCCCAAACUCUCAGAUGUAUUCCCCCAGGCAUAUUCUAAGAUGUACUACCAUGGGAUUACCAAUAAUCCUCAGAGUUCCACCUCAAGACCUGUAAAAAUGGCUCUCCCUGCAAACGCCAAAUCUCAUGAGGCAAUUUCUGCACAGGAAACAAGUUCCUUCCUGGUUUUUGGAAGACAUGACAAAAAUGAAACAAACUCUGCUGCAAAAGGCAUGCACACAUUUCAGACUUUUACAUGUGAUCCCCAGAUGAUACAUGAAUGUGGACAUCAUGGUAAAGUCCGCAGAAAGAUUGAGACCCGCUGUAACUCACUGGAUUCCGAGGCCCCUGUUCAACCUGUUGCAUCGGACAGUGGUGUGAUGCUGGAUUGGGGUUUUGAUGAGGAAGGUUGGCUGUUUAAACGUUCAGUAUCCGUGUCGACCAGACCUCCGCUCAAGCCAGUAAUGGGAAUGAAUGGGGCCAAGGCUCGCAGCCAGAGCUUUGGUGCGCGCUACAUGGACAGGCCAAGCUUCAACAGAUCUGGAAAGGUCCGAACCCAGAUCAAAACACACUCAGGUAGCUCCUUGAACUCUCUGAGUGACGUGCUUCCGGGAAGUAUGAGUUGCUCCAGCAGCUACCAUUGUCCGAUGAAUCGAUCCCUUUUGAACAACUUUUUGAUCGAAGAGGGCCUGACACCACCUUCACAUUUGGGGUCGUCCAGUGAAAGACUCCAGAGUCUUAAACUCCAGCGAGAGCAGGCUCGACGCCUUCAAAUUGAGCAACAGUUUUCAAGCGCCUUUGGCGAGCCAGUUUCUGAGGAACCAGAGAGACAAAGUUCUAUAACCACAAUUGAAGAGAAAGUGAUGCUCGGCAUAGAGGAGAACCUGCACAAGUCUCAGGAACAGGAGAGAACCAUUGAAGUGAAGCCAAAAUCAAGCUCAACUUUGGCAAAUUGGUUUGGUUUUCGUAAGAGUAAGCUUCCCGCUCCAAGCAGCAAAAAGACUGAUCCACCCAAAGUUAAAGAGGAGAAGAGGGAGCAAAAGAUUACAUCACUCCUGGGAGGAAAACAGACCAAGUCUGAUAAAAAGAGAGACAGAAGAAAAAGUGAUGGGAAAGACUGCUCUGUGGGGAUAAGAGAGUCUCACGAUGCCGUGCGGGCAUGCAUCUCAAUGCCCUGCCCAGGAAUGUCCCUGAAUGAGAUACAAGGACAUUCUGACGUCAUCGGGGACCCGAAGCUGCAGAUGGUCAACCUGAGAGCUGAUGGUGACAAUGGAUCCACAGUGAAGAGACCCAACCAGGAUGCUGUGAUAGGCUCCGGCUGCGAGAUGCGAACGUUGGACAGUGGAAUUGGGACCAUCCCUCUUCCUGAAUCCUGUUCCUUCUUCUCCUCCAUCCUGCACCUCCUCCCCAAAUCCUCAUCGAACCAUGAACAGUCCCUCAGUCCACCCAGUGUCCCUGGUUCCUCCAGCGAGGACGUGUCUCCUUCCCCGUUACCCCGGUGGAGAAUCCCCUCCAGCUUUAAGGACUGCAGCCUUGCAGGGGUGCCAAACUCCUUCUCCAACUCCUCUAUGACCCAUCUCCAGUCAGUGCCUUUCCCCUCUGUGGCCUUCCUCCAGCCAGUCCAUCCCCAAUCUGAACCCAUUGUGACCUCUGUCCGUGUGUGUGAUUCCCAGAGCAGGCUACCCAGACUUCCACCAGGUGGGUUGGAACCAAAGAAGUUGACUUACAUCAAAUCGAAACCACGAGCCCCUCCAAGUCAACAGAAAGAGCAGACAAGACUUCAGCUGGCCAACUGAUCUCACUCUGCUCUCUGCAUCUUCAGAGUUUCUGAGCCAUCCUGAAGCAAGAAAUCCAUCAAUCAGUUGGAUUUAUCACUGAAACGCACAUGGAGGAUCCCCCAGUCACACCGUUCCCACAGCUGGACAACACCUGAGCGUGGCAUUGCGGGCUUCCACCUGCGCUCAGUGCCGUGUUGAAAUACUGAGUUGCCUUUCAGGUGUGUAGUGAACCUUCCGGAAGCCAUUUUGAAGAGCUGCGUUGUCAUCGGCAUCAGCUGGGAGCAGCUGGUUCGAAUUUCUAAAUGUGAAGCUGUCCUGUCCUCACGGGACUGGAGGUGAACACACAGCUAUUUUUCUUGACCUUUUUCUUUACUCCGAGGAGUAACAAUUUUCAACGUGUGAACACACCGUUCAUACUUCCAUAAGCAAAACAUGGAAACAUAUGACAGCAAAUGUCUCAUAUAUUUGCUUUUUCAACGUAGUCUUAAAAACAUAAAAUGUGGAUUAGUGGAGAGAACAAAUGCUUAACAGAAUGUCUGACAUAGCAAAUCACAUCCUAUCUGAUAAUGUUUCCCUUUGGUGACUGUGAGGCUGAACAGCCAAUACAAUGAGCCGAAAGAGGCUAAAAAACUAAAUUCGAUUCCAUAUUUAAAAACUUUUUUCAAGAAAUGGUUAAUCCAGGUUUAAACAUUUAAUAAACUUUGCACAAGCACAUGCAGUUCAUCACCAGACUUCCAUUACGGCUCCAGCUGUGGCAACUUUUGGAGAUUAAUGAUGCAAAUUAAAGGCCUGAACUGCAAUCCUGCUGAGCAUGGAUUCUUUAGUUACAUGUUUUUGCAUUCCCCGCCAAUGUAUAAACAUUUAAAUACAGGUUUAUGGAAAGAUCUAAUUCUGAUUUAGAUCUCAUAAAUAUGUAAGCUACAAGGAAUAUGUCCGUUGUUUAUUUUGCAACGGAACCUAAAAAACUCAAGAUCACAAACCAUGACUUCAAUCCUGAAGGCAUUUUAUGUACAGCACUUACUACUGAUUGCCAUUCAUGAGCUCUAUACCUGACUUAGUAAUGUGAUACUUUGAAGCGUGCACUAUUUUGUUGGAAACUUUUUUUACUGUCACAAUGUUGAUAUCACCUCGCAUGCAACCAUCCAAGACUUAUUCCAACCACAGAAACACAUCGUAUGAAUCUGACUUCCAUCAUGUGAGGAGUUUCAUCACAAGAAGUAAAAAAUACUGAUUACCAAAACGUGAUGUCCACAAAAAAAAUAAUAUUAUCAUUACUUGGGCAAAGACCUUUUUAGAAUAUCAUCGAUCGUGGGUCUCACUGUCACGCAUGAAAAUACUUGUGAUAAGUGUCACAGUGUGAAAACGGUGCACAUUGGGUCGUGUCAUGAAACUCACAUAUGUUCUGCAUUCUGUAUUUCUUACAUAUUUCCACAGUUAUGACGUCAAGACAAAGCAGUGCGUUUUGCAUGUAACCGUAGCACCUGGUAGGCACAUUGUGGACAUUGUUGUGCUCGCUCAGGGACAAUACCAUUUAUUUGUCUUUGAUAGAUGCUGUGGAUUUAAUAAGUUAACUUCAAUUUUAAAAUGUACAACCAUUACAUUGCAACCAGAGAGCCAGCCCAGUUUCUAGAACAAAGUUGUAAGUUUGUGUGAACCAGGGAUACGUUGAAUGCAUUCGGUGGUGAUGUAGAGCAAAGUGUAACCUGGAGAGCAAGUGUUUUUUGCUGUUGUUUAAUUAUCAACAAUUACCCUUUUUUCUACCUUAACCAAGUAGUUUUAUCGGCAAAACCUCACCAGUUGAUUCACAACGUCAAUCUGCAAGUGUAAUACGAGAAUGAUGUGAAAUGUACAAAACGCAUUUUGAAACCUGACAUUCAACGUAUCCCGUAGUUUCCAGAAAUGUAUAACACAACAUUUAUUCCUGCGACUGGGUUGAGUGAACACAACAGAUUUCAUUGUACUGCGAUGGUUUAAUACCUGAACACAAUAUUUUCCUGCUGUUGUUUGUGUCAGUACAUUUGCCUGUAAAAUACCUCACCAGUUUCUCUCUCUAUUUUAUAUGCCGUGUCUUUUAUAGUAAUGUUUUCGGUGUUUUGAAUGCAUCCCGACAUAUUUGAUGCUUUUAGCUGCUUUGCAAUGUUUUUCCCUCUCAACUUUGUUUGUUUGGCUUCCUUCCCCUUUGUGCAUAAAUGUUUGCCAAAAUGCAUAUUGCCAAACACUGCUCUGAGCUAAUCAUAUACAGAAAAUGAAUGCAACUAAAUCUACAUAUCACAUUUGUCAUGGUGACUGUAGCAAUAUUGUUUUCCACACUCGACAGUUUACGCUGUCACGUGAUGUAGAACCAUGUAGCACUGUACCGUUGCACAAUAUCAUUAAUCAUGUCGUCUAAUUUACCUCUUUGAAUCUUUACUCAUUCACUACACAUAUAUGUUGAAGGUAAUAUUUAUAAACUUGAAGGAAAGUUCAUGCCAAUAGCAUCACACAGGUUUAAUGACUGAAAUAUGUAGCGUACGCAGGUGAGACGAGGUGUUGAUGGAUCAGGGAACAGAUUGGCUGUACUGAUACGGGUAGAUUGAGCAUGGCGUCUGUGUUUUUCAAAAGGCUCACAUAAUGAAGAGUCUCACUCUCACAAGAGUAUUGUAUUUUUCUAACAUUUACCCUGUAUUUUGAUUUGUACUCAGCACUGAUGGGUGUUAUUUACUAUUUAUUACACAUAUUCUUACUUACUAUUACAGUUAUUCUCCCUCUAGAUGUUUUUUUUUUGUUCAGAACCCAAUAAUAACAGUGGAGUUCUUGUGUGACAGUCACCUUAGCAGUACGGAUUGAGAAUUGUAUAUAACUGAUAUUCUUUGUUUUAUGUAAAAGAAGAAAGAAAAAAAUAAACUAUUUCAAUACUUAUACGA